UACAUCAGAUAUUUGACCAAGGUUCGAGAUUUCGUUCUUUUCGCUCAAAAACCGUCAAGAUGGGCCGCCGACCAGCCCGCUGUUAUCGGUACUGUAAGAACAAACCGUACCCAAAGUCUCGUUUCUGUCGGGGUGUGCCUGAUUCAAAGAUUCGUAUAUUUGACUUGGGACGGAAGAAAGCACGUGUUGAUGAAUUUCCACUGUGUAUCCACAUGGUAUCUGACGAGUUUGAACAGCUUUCAUCAGAAGCUCUUGAAGCCGGACGCAUCUGUGCUAACAAAUACAUGGUAAAGAACUGUGGUAAAGAUGCCUUUCAUAUCCGAAUGAGAGUACAUCCUUUCCAUGUUGUACGCAUCAAUAAAAUGUUAUCGUGUGCUGGUGCUGAUAGGCUCCAGACAGGUAUGCGUGGUGCAUUUGGUAAACCACAAGGAACAGUUGCUCGUGUGAAAAUUGGCCAACCAAUUAUGUCAGUCCGAGCAAAGGAUAGUAGUAGAUCACAUGUUGUUGAGGCUUUAAGGAGAGCAAAAUUCAAGUUCCCUGGGCGCCAGAAGAUUAUUUUCUCCAAAAAAUGGGGAUUCACAAAAUGGGAGCGUGGAGUGUAUGAAAAGAUGCGUGAAGAAGGCAUACUAUUACCAGAUGGUGUCACAGCAAAAUAUAUGAAGAAUGCGGGUCCAUUGAAAGCAUGGAAACAACGAUUUGCAUAAAAUGACCUGAUUUGUAAUUGAAAAUGCAGUGCUUAUUAAACUGUGACAAAGUA